AGCUCUUGCAUUAUCCAUCAAGUUCCUCACUCACUCAUUGAAAAUAGAGUGAGAUCAAUUAAUAUAUAUACAUAUAUAUAAGAUGGGUGAAGAAUUGAGCUAUUGUGAGAAAGUUCGUGCAUGGUUCACAAAAUCAAAGGCAUUUUUGCUAAUAUUAAGCUUGCAAUUUGGGUCAGCGGGCAUGUACAUUAUCACCAUGGAUGCUCUAAACAAGGGAUUGAGUCAUUAUGUCUUUGUUGUUUAUCGUAAUGUUGUUGCCACUCUCGCUCUUGGCCCCUUCGCUUUUUUCCUUGAAAGGAAAGUUAGGCCCAAGAUGACACCUCGGAUAUUUGCAGAGAUUGUGGCACUGGCUUUUAUAGAGAUUAUACUUGAUCAAUGCUUCACCUUCCUGGGAAUGAAAUUAACUUCAGCAUCUUUUGCAUCUGCUGUGAUGAACUCUGUACCCUCCAUAACCUUUGUGCUGGCAAUUAUUUUUAGAUUGGAGCGCAUGAACAUUAGGAACAUAGGAUGCCAAGCGAAAGUGACAGGCACUGUGGUAAGUCUUGGAGGCGCUAUUCUAAUGGCAAUGUACAAAGGUCCUAUUCUUAACAUUGUGACGUCAUCAACAACCCAUGUGGCCCACAAUGGGAAUAAUGCUAACGCCACUGCUGACCACUGGCUCAUGGGUGCUAUCUUCAUUCUAAUAGGCUGUGCUGGCUUCUCUGGUUUCUACAUAUUGCAAGCAAUAACAUUGAGAAAGUACCCAGCAGAGAUGUCCCUAGCCACGUGGGUAUGCUUUAUUGGUGCAAUUCAAAGCAGUGCAGUUACUGCUUACAUGGAGCGUGAUUCUCCUCAAGUCUGGAUUCUGGCUCCUGAUUCUAGGCUUCUUGCCUGUUUAUAUGCGGGAGUAGUAACAUCAGCAAUACAGUUCUAUGUGCAAGGGCUGGUGAUUAAAACAACGGGUCCAGUAUUUGUGACUGCUUUCAAUCCCCUGCGUAUGAUCAUAGUCACAGCCUUCGCUUCCAUACUCCUUUCUGAGAAGCUCUACCUAGGAAGUGUUAUUGGAGGAGUAGUGGUGGUUGUAGGGCUUUAUUUGGUUGUGUGGGGAAAAUCUAAAGAGAAGAAAGGCGUAAAACAUGCGAUGCUGCCACCAUCCCCUGAAAAAGAAAUCCAACAACAGCAGCUACCAGUUACUGUUCCCAGAAAUUUUGAUGUCAGCAACAAUAAUAAUAAUGAUGACGACGAUGAUAAUAAUAUGGAUCAUCAACUUAUGGUCGUGGUUGGAAUCAAGAACAACGACGUUGAAGCAAGAAGAUCAUCAUCAUGUUAGUGAUCCAGCUUUUGUUCAUUUUAUGAUUAAUGGUGUUCACUGUGGCCUAAUUAAUGAAGGCCAAUAUAUAGAUAAAUCCUUCCAAAUUUUGAUAAUUUUGUGCGGAUUCUACCUUUUAAUUUCUCUUCCAUGUACUACUGUAUCAAUAAAACAUUUUUUCUUUACCUUUA